GGUGCCCCCGGAACAUGGCGGCGGCGUGAGGCGGGCGGCGGCAGGAGCGGCUUGACAGGACGCCGCGAGCCCGCGUCCCGCCCGCCCGGAAACUGUUGUGCUGAAAGGAAGAAUUAAGUGGUCUUUCAACUUCAGCCUUUUUAUUGUGAGAGGGGAGAUCACAGAAGUGUUACCAUGGGGAGAACAACAGCGAAAGAUUCAAAGAAUUUUAAAAAAGAGAAAAAUGGAAAGAAUCAGCAGGCAAACAACACAUCUUUAAAAAGUGAACAGUUUAAUUGGGAUGAGUAUCUGAAAGAGACUGAAUCAAUAGCUGCCCCUCUGCAUUGUUUCAGACAGUCUAGAAUUCCACCUACGAACGAUUUCAAGGUUGGUAUGAAACUGGAAGCGCGUGAUCCUCGCAAUGUUACCUCAGUUUGUAUAGCUACAGUAAUUGGAAUCACUGGUGCCAGGCUAAGGUUGAGGCUGGAUGGAAGUGACAACAAAAAUGAUUUCUGGAGGCUUGUGGAUUCCUCAGACAUACAGCCCAUCGGGACCUGUGAAAAGAAAGGAGGCAUGCUCCAGCCUCCACUUGGGUUCCAGAUGAAUGCAUCCUCUUGGCCAAUGUUUCUCUUAAGAACUCUCAAUGGAGCUGAAAUGGCACCUGCAGCAUUCUUUAAGAAGGAACCACCAAAACCUGUGCCAAACUGCUUUAAAGUUGGAAUGAAACUUGAAGCUAUAGAUAGAAAGAACCCAUACCUGAUUUGCCCAGCAACCAUUGGAGACGUUAAAGGAGAUGAAGUUUUUGUUACAUUUGAUGGUUGGAGAGGAGCAUUUGACUAUUGGUGCAGGUGUGAUUCUCGAGAUAUUUUCCCAGUCGGAUGGUGUAGCUUGACAGGAGAUGCAUUACAACCACCAGGGAACAAUGUUUCCAUUACAAAGAGCAGUGCAAAAAUCCAAUCUUCCCCUUCCAAAGUGACCCGGCGUUCAAUGCAGUCUCCACAGAAAUCUGCUCCAGUACCAGCGCAGCAGCGGGGCAGGAAACCAGGUCGGGGCAAACCCCCUGGACAGUCUGCAGUUCCCAAGAAGGGCAGGUCUCCUAAAAAUAUUCCCCUGACAAAAAGCACCUCUCAUACUGAAAAUCUUAAAACAAGGAAAAAAAGUUUAAAACCUGGAAAAAAGAAAAAAAUCUUGCCAGAACAACUGACUCCUACAUCUCCUUCUCCUCAACCAUCUCCUGAGGGGGAAAAUGGCACUAUGCAGAUACUUAAAGAUGGAAUCAGUUUGUCUGGUCCAACUGCAGCAGUUAUAUCCACAGUGUGUGUUUAUGUGAACAAACAUGGAAAUUCUGGGCCUCACCUGGACAAGAAGAAGGUUCAGCAUCUUCCAGAUCAUUUUGGACCAGGUCCUGUCAAUGUGGUACUUCAGCAGGCUGUACAGGCUUGUGUGGAUUGUGCCUAUCAAGCCAAAACAGUCUUUGGAUUUCUGAAAUCUGGCCAUCAUGGAGGGGAAAUGAUAACCGCUUCCUUUGAUGGGGAAAAACAUGCCAUCAAUCUUCCUUCUGUAAACAGUGCAUCGUUUGUCCUACGCUUCUUGGAGAAACUCUGCCACAGUCUGCAGUGUGAUAAUCUCUUCAGUAGCCAGCCUUUCAGCCCUUACAUGGGAUGUGCACAUAGUCCUAUGGAGUACGAUAGGAAUAAGCCAGCCAAAGAAGAAAUACCUGAAAACAGGAGUGCUAAACGAUACCCUCAGGACUCUCCACCAUACACUGCGCCUCUUUCCCCUAAGCUUCCCAGAAACGAUGCUCAUCCAUCUGAAGCAGAAACAUUGCCUGUAGAGGAAAACAGCACUUCCAAAGAACACCGGUUUUCUGAGGAUUGUAUGGAUUCUGCACUUAAUUCUGUAAAUCCAUCAAACCCAGCCUGUCGAAAUUCCACGGAGUACCGUACUUCAGGAAAUGCUGCAUAUUACAGAAAUUCCCAUCAGCCAGCAACUGCUACCUCAAAUUCAGCCCCAGUCCUGCGCAGGCUCUCCCUGAGUUCCGCUGGCAGCAGUGCUUACUAUGAAGUCAGUAGGAAUCGGAUACAGAGGCGGAUUGAAGCUGCAAGUUCCACAACUGGACCGGAUUUGAGUUCACUAAAAAGGGAACCUUCGAGAACAUCGAAUAAAGAUCCUUCCACUUGGUCAAUAGAGGAAGUAGUGCGUUUUGUGAAAGAAGCUGAUCCACGGGCACUGGCUCCACAUGCAGAACUCUUCAGGAGACAUGAAAUUGAUGGGAAGGCACUACUCUUACUGAGGAGUGAUAUGAUAAUGAAAUAUAUGGGACUGAAGCUGGGGCCUGCCCUAAAGCUGUGCUACCACAUUGAACGACUUAAACAAGGAAAGUUCUAGCCAAUGGGGACACCACAAACACGUGUGUUCGGAUCACACCAAGCUCUCAGGUUCACAGCCAUCGCCUUGAUUUGAAACUCUUUUGCUGAUACAAAUCUUUAUUUUUUGAAAGUGCUCUUGAAAUGUAGAAGAGACAUUCAGGAUAAAGGCGGGAAGGGAUUUGUAUUACAUUCUAGUAUUUUUGCAAACCGUUUCACAGGAGGUUGGCAGGGAAGGACAGUUGAUCAUACUGAGUAUGGGCAGGUCUGGUAACAACGCUCUCCGAAUCCUGGAAAGUGUGUUCUGCAUUAGACUUCAGCCAAUGUGUUCAUAUCCAGAACCAAAACAGCUGAAUCCCAAAGGGAAAUAAUAAAUUAAACCAUCAUCAGGUGUUUAUAAUUUUUACAGGGGUGGCUGUAAACUUUUAUAUUGCAAGAAAACCUUAAAACAGAAGAUCUCAUCUCUGUAGUGAAUAUUCUGGUCUUUCAGAAGAGAGGAAGAGUUAUGGAAGAGAGGGCUUAAUACAAAUAUAAGCUUUUAUAAAGUGUGAUUAUCAGUCCUUUGGGAAGUUAUGAGGACAAAUGUAUUGUAUAUUGUCAGUUUAGGCAGGCAGUAAAUAUUUCUGUUUCAUGGAAGAUCAUACUGGCUGUAUAAACAGCCCUUUCUGGGACAGACUGAUUUCACUGGAACAAUGCCUCCAGAUAUUAAACAUUCCAUCUUUUUGCUAGGUUUGGCGUGGAUGUGUGUGUUCAUGCUUUUUAUAUGUACACGUGUAUGUGUCAGGGAAAUACAUACUACAUGAAAAUAUACAUACACAUUGUACAUAUCUUUUCAGUUUCUUAAUAUGUACUUUGCACUGUGCCAGAGAGAACUGUACAAUUUCUUGGCUUUUUUUACCAGUCAAUUUAGUUGUGUAUUAUUUUCAUUAGCACCUGUUUAAUUUGUUCUUGGAGUCAGAAGGUGACAAACAAUCAAAAGUCUUUAUUCAUACAGGCAAGAUCCUUGUACUAUGCAAUACUCCUGGUUAUCCAUCCCUUAACUCUGAGCCAUAUUCUGAUAUAUAUUUGGAAAGAUACAUUUGGUUCCAAUGUUUUGGGUUUAUAUUUCCUGUGAGGAAGUGCUACUAUGUAACUGAUAAACUUUUUUUUUGGGUAAAACUGGUGCUGUUUGUAUAAGCUGAAGAAUGAGUGGUGAUAAAACAGUUUGUUGUCACUGCCAGUUGUAAAAUACAUCAGGGACAAGAAAAUAUACUUUCUGUUUAGGAAACUGAAUGUACUGUAUGUAAUAGUCAAGUGAUAAAACCGUUUGUUAGGGAAGGUGUAGUCCUAAAAUGGUAGGAUUUAUUAUAUUUCUUAAUGACUUUUUAUAUGAAAGCAUAUAGUAUAAAUGUAUUUUUUACAAAUUCCUUUUUUGAAAAUGACUUUCUUUACCCAUAGACUGAUACUCAUCAGAUUUCAGCAGAGGAACUGCUAGAAAAAAAGUGAAUUUUGUGACUCAGAAGUCAAAGUAUUUUGUUAUUUUAAGUGACUGCAAUGCAAUUUCAAUUCAGAAAGUCAUUUGGACCCUGAGAAUUGUUUUUUUUUAUUACAUCAUUAGACAUUUGACACUAAAGUUUAUCUGUAUCGAUUUGUUUUGCAUAUCUUUUGUGGUGCAUGUAUGCUUAGAUGAAUAAUACAGGCAUGCUCUUUAUAGUAAGAAAAGGUCAGAGCAUUGAUUGAAGAAGCAGAAUAUUUUCUCUUGGUGUUAGAAAUAUACUGACUUAACUUUCAUUAUGGUUACACCAAAAAUUAUGUGUUAAGGAAAACAUCAUGCCCUACAUGUUCAGUAUAUUGUUUAUACAUAUAUAAAAUUGUAUACUACUUCUUCUAUGCUUUAUUAUGCUGAAUUUGUGUUCUUCAGCAUAAAAAGAUCUCAUACAAUUUAAGUGGAAGUAAUUGACUGAAAACAGUUUUCAUUGUUCACAUUGCCCUUGACAUAACAAAAACAAAGGUGUUUAAAUUUUCUGUUUGGUCUUUAUGGAAUGGCAUUUUUGUACGUGGCACUAUUAUGGGUAUAAAUAUUUGUUCAAGGCUUUCUGUGCACUCAUGUGCACAAAGAUAACUGUGAUGUUGCUGUACCAGAAUUUUCCAUGUUCUGUAGUGUGAGAGUCAAGCAUUCAGAGUCUUACAG